GUGCCUGCUCGGGCUUUGCGGGCUGGGAGCAGAGACCAGGCCGGAGCCCGAGCGGCAGAGGGAAGCCAGAGGGCAGUACACGGAGAUGGCGGCCGUGGCGGCCGCGGCGGCCGAGGAGGGGAUGGAGCCGCGAGCGCUGCAGUACGAGCAGACCCUGAUGUAUGGCCGGUAUACUCAGGAACUCGGGGCCUUUGCCAAAGAGGAAGCUGCUCGGAUUCGCCUGGGAGGCCCUGAGCCCUGGAAGGGGCCCCCUUCUCCUCGGGCUCCCCCAGAGCUCUUGGAAUAUGGACAGAGCCGAUGUGCCAGAUGCCGCAUCUGUUCAGUACGCUGCCACAAGUUCCUAGUAUCCAGGGUUGGUGAAGACUGGAUCUUCCUGGUCCUCCUGGGGCUCCUCAUGGCACUGGUCAGCUGGGCCAUGGAUUAUGCCAUUGCUGUUUGUCUACAGGCCCAGCAGUGGAUGUCUCGGGGCUUAAACACCAGCAUCUUACUUCAGUACCUGGCCUGGGUUACCUACCCUGUCGUUCUCAUCACUUUCUCAGCUGGAUUCACACAGAUCCUGGCCCCUCAGGCUGUUGGGUCUGGCAUCCCCGAGAUGAAGACCAUCUUGCGGGGAGUGGUGCUGAAAGAAUACCUCACUCUCAAGACCUUUGUGGCUAAGGUCAUUGGGCUGACCUGUGCCUUGGGCAGUGGAAUGCCCCUUGGCAAAGAGGGCCCUUUUGUGCAUAUUGCGAGCAUGUGUGCUGCCCUUCUCAGCAAGUUCCUUUCUCUCUUUGGGGGUAUCUACGAGAAUGAAUCUCGGAACACGGAGAUGCUGGCUGCUGCCUGUGCUGUGGGCGUGGGCUGCUGCUUUGCAGCACCUAUUGGAGGUGUCCUGUUCAGUAUCGAGGUCACCUCCACCUUCUUCGCUGUGCGAAACUACUGGCGGGGCUUUUUUGCUGCAACCUUCAGUGCCUUCAUCUUCCGGGUCUUGGCAGUCUGGAACCGUGAUGAAGAGACCAUUACUGCACUCUUCAAAACCCGGUUCCGGCUCGACUUCCCCUUUGACCUGCAGGAGUUGCCAGCCUUUGCUGUCAUUGGCAUUGCUAGUGGCUUUGGGGGAGCCCUCUUUGUCUACCUGAACCGGAAGAUUGUCCAGGUGAUGCGGAAGCAGAAAACCAUCAAUCGCUUCCUCAUGAGGAAACGCCUGCUCUUCCCGGCUCUGGUGACCCUGCUCAUCUCCACUCUGACCUUCCCCCCUGGCUUUGGGCAGUUCAUGGCUGGACAGCUUUCACAGAAGGAGACAUUGGUCACCUUGUUUGACAACCGGACAUGGGUCCGCCAGGGCCUAGUAGAGGAGCUAGAGCCAUCCAGCACCUCACAGGCCUGGAGCCCACCCCGUGCCAACGUCUUCCUCACUCUGGUCAUCUUCAUUCUGAUGAAGUUCUGGAUGUCUGCACUGGCCACAACCAUCCCUGUGCCUUGUGGGGCCUUCAUGCCUGUCUUUGUCAUCGGAGCAGCAUUUGGACGUCUGGUGGGUGAAAGCAUGGCUGCCUGGUUCCCAGAUGGGAUUCACACAGACAGCAGUACCUACCGGAUUGUGCCUGGGGGCUAUGCAGUGGUUGGGGCAGCUGCACUGGCAGGAGCAGUGACACACACAGUAUCCACAGCCGUGAUUGUGUUUGAGCUCACGGGCCAGAUCGCCCACAUCCUGCCUGUCAUGAUUGCCGUCAUCCUGGCCAAUGCUGUUGCCCAGAGCCUACAGCCCUCACUCUAUGACAGCAUCAUCAGGAUCAAGAAACUGCCCUACCUGCCUGAGCUGGGCUGGGGCCGCCACCAGCAGUACCGGGUGCGAGUGGAGGACAUCAUGGUGCGGGAUGUUCCCCACGUGGCCCUCAGCUGCACCUUCCGGGAUCUGCGGUUGGCACUGCACAGGACCAAGGGUCGCAUGUUGGCCCUAGUGGAGUCCCCUGAGUCCAUGAUCCUGCUGGGGUCCAUUGAGCGCUCACAGGUGGUGGCCCUACUGGCAGCUCAACUGAGCCCCACCCGCCGGCGACAGUACAUGCAGGAGCGUAGAAAGGCCCAGGCAUCUCCACCUUCUGAUCAGGAGAGUCCUCCUAGCCCAGGGACGUCUGUCCGCUUCCAGGUGAACACAGAUGACUCAGGCUUCCCUGCCUCCCGUGGGGAGACUCACAAGCCCCUGAAGCCUGCUUUAAAGAGGGGACCCAGCAAUGCCACCAACCUCAGGGAGAGUCCUACAGGCAAUGUGGAGUCAGCAGGCAUUGCCCUCAGGAGCCUUUUCUGUGGCAGUCCACCUCCUGAGGCGGCUUCAGAGUUGGAGAAGCCAGAAUCCUGUGACAAGCGCAAGCUGAAGCGGGUCCGAAUCUCCCUGGCGAGUGACUCGGACCUGGAAGGCGAGAUGAGCCCUGAGGAGAUUCUGGAGUGGGAAGAACAACAACUAGAUGAACCUGUCAACUUCAGUGACUGCAAAAUUGAUCCUGCCCCCUUCCAGCUGGUGGAGCGCACCUCUUUGCACAAGACUCACACCAUCUUCUCACUACUGGGAGUGGACCAUGCUUAUGUUACCAGUAUUGGCAGACUCAUUGGAAUUGUUACCCUAAAGGAGCUUCGGAAGGCCAUCGAGGGCUCUGUCACAGCACAGGGUGUGAAAGUCCGACCACCCCUUGCCAGCUUCCGAGACAGUGCCACCAGCAGCAGUGACACAGAGACCACUGAGGUGCAUGCACUCUGGGGGCCCCGCUCCCGCCACGGCCUUCCCCGGGAAGGCAGCCCUUCUGACAGCGACGACAAGUGCCAGUGAACCCUUCUGUGGGUGGCCCAGGAUGGUGGUAGCCAUAUCCCUUUUGCCUUGGGAAAGCAGGAGGCAGCUGGAGCUCCAGUCCCCUGUCCAGACCUGGGAUGCUAGCUUCUCCCAGUGUAUCCUACCUGGAAUCCCACCCAGCACCCACCUGCAGGAAGAUUUCCAAGUGCAGGAAGAUUGGCACCACCCUGGCAGGAUGGGUCACUUGACCCCUGCUCCCCUUUGAAGGGAAAAAAGGUAGAACUAAGAUGGGUUUAUACUGGAACCUCCAAUGACCAGAUGUAUAUAGAGAUUUACAAAGAUUUUUAUAUUAAUUUAAUAAAACAAAUUCUUAAAUAGAACAAAAUAAAC